ACAUCGCAACAGGAAAACACGCAACGUGCCUCCUGUAACAUACGUAUACAUAUAACUUUUUCUUCGUUUUUUUUUUAUUCCGUGCUGGUGCCUCUGUCGAGACACGAUUGUGUGGAUUGUGUGUGCGGGUUGAGUGUGGUGUUUGUCGCUGGAACGGUCAUGAGACAACCCAACGCAAAUCAGUUGCGAGUAUGACAAAUCUUCAAAGAGGAUAAAAGUGAACGAGUGAGAAAAAAAGUAUCGGAAAGCACAAAUCGGUAAAUUUUUGGGUUAAAAUGAGUUCCGCAGCUGCAGUCGUAUCCACAGAUGCAACAGACAAUGCGGUUGUUCCUAAAGGCGGAGAGGUAGCUACAAAGCCUAAAAAUUGGGUAAAAUUUGAGGAAGAUCCUCCGCCAGCCAAAAUCGCUGCUCCAAUUGCAAAUUCCCAAGGAGCAGCGACUGAAGAAGCUCAAAAAGCAAGAGUGGCCACUCCUGCAGUGAUAAAGCCAGAAUCAGUUGCUGUGAACGUGGACAAAAUAGCCAAAGCUGUUGAAAAAUCAGACGCUAGAAACAAGGAUACAAACGAAUACAGUGGUGCUGUGAUAGCAACUGAAUCCGUCCAAAUAAAUCUUGACAGAUCGGGACUCAACCGUUCUGUAUCUUCUGAGAGCCCAGAAAUCAAUGUGCCUUCUGAUAUUCGCGUAUCGGAUCCUAAAAGCGCGUCGCUCAAAACCAUUGAUCUUAGAGAUACUACCAAUGGUCGGAACACUGUAAGCAACGUCAUUUCCACUCCCAUUGGCAAUAUAAGACAAGGAUUCGCUAAUGGCGAUACCAUCGUUACUCUCUUGCCUGUUAAUACCAGAUGGCCAUGGAUUACACCAGCAAAAUUCAGGCCCGAACUCGUCCCUGAAGAACUUAUGGCUCAGGGGCUCACUCUUACGGUGGAGGAUUACGUGCACAUAAUGGAAUUGCUCGUGAACGACGUGCGUUUCAACAUGUACAAUAUUUGCUACAAAAGAAUUCUAGUGCUGUGGAUAUUUACAGCAUUUGUCAUACUUCUUGGUCUUCUUUUCUCCGGUGUAACUGGGCUGACUCUUUUUGGUCUUGGAAUAAUGUGGCUUAUAUUGAAUGCUGCAGCGAUAUUUCUCUGCAUGUUCAUUAAGAUAAAACUCAAUCACAAUUUGGAGAAAUGCAUGGCACAGGUGAACAAGCACUUGUUACGUCACAAAAUUAUUCUCGGAUUGGAUGACCGAGGAAAAAUAUCGUGCCACAAAGUCAAUCUCUGUUUCAUAUACUUCGAUACUACGGAUUGCGUCAAAAAACUUCAAGAAGUAAUCGAACGUGAAGAGCGAGAAGGUAGGAUUCUCGGUGGAGAUGAGAGUAGUGAAAAUCGACGAAGGCAAGAAUUGCAGCAGAGAAUGGACAUCGACGAUAGCGAUAUUGUUAUUCAGGGAAGCUCGACCACUCGAUUAUCUCGUAAACAGGAUAUCCACCUGGUUUCACGUGGUGCGCUUAUCUUAAUGAUCCUGCGGUUCGUUACGAUCCAACUACACCGCCUUAUUAGUAUUCUUAAGAGAAUGCAACUUCUCUGCAUUUUUGUUCAAACACAUAGUAAUUCACAGGGAAUUGGUUGUAGUCGAAAUGCAUUUUUUGGUUUUUCAUCGUUCAAAGGGAUGUGUAUACCUAUUACUUUAAACAGUAUUAUGGAAAUGCGAUUGAUUUGUUUUUUGUGAAUCAGAUUUUUGUGAUACUUUUGGAGCAUAUUAUUUAAAUAUUAUUUUGGAGCUGAGAUGAAUUACUAAACAAAAAAUAUUCUAUGGAUAUAUGAGAUUUUACAUAGAAAAAAUUGUCGUGCCUUUACGAAUCCGAACUGUGUACCCUGAAUUUUGUCAACGUGCCUUUUUCGUCAGGAAAUUUUAACAGCAAUUCAAUUGAUCUAUAAUUGCUCCUAAAAAAUAAUUAUAGCAUUGAAAUGUCACAGCGAGCACAUAUCAAAAGUUUAUACGCUGUGGCAUAUAAAUAUUGUGUUAGGUGGAUAAAUAUAUUACCUGUUGAUAUUAGCAAUAAGGAUUGAUGCAAUAGCUCGAAAUUCCGAAAUUACCAUGUCGAUACUAUGUGAAAAAAUGUUUUAAAGAGUUUUAAUUUUUUCUACUUUCUGGUGAGACAUUUUUUAAUGCGUCAUUGUAUUGAGAUUAUUUUUUUAACUACUGUCAUUUGGCAAAGGUUUUUUGAACUUUUAUGAAAAAUUGCGAAGAUUUUAAAGAAGCAACUACUCACAUCUGUUGGUCAAAAUCUACAAAAGAAAUUUUCUUGACCGAUUAUUAACAUUUCCACACAAUGAAAAAAGUUGCGUCUCUAUUGAUGCAUACAAAAUGGAAAAAAUGAGUCAGAAAAACUUAAUGAUUCUCCUUUGAUGUUGCAUAAUUUUCGUCAAAUUUAUACACUUUCGACUUUGGCUAGACUUGGUAAUAUUUUCUCUAUAUAAUAAUAAAAAAUUGAGAAUAGCCAUACCGUCCAUUGACUAAAUUAUUGCAAUAUUGCUACUAUUUUCAAGAAGUUUUGCCAGAUAAUUUCGCGAUAUAUUGCUAAUCAAUAUAUUUUUUCCUUAUUGUUUUGGAAACCAUAUUCGGGCAUCCCAUCCUCUGCCACUUGAAUUUCGACAAUUGUUCAAUUAGUACAUAAAUUUAAUAGUAAUCAUAAGAAUGCUGAAUAGAUUGGAGUAGGGUAUCGAAUUGUAGAAACUUUUUGUCAUUCCCAGUUGAGCACAAACUGUGUUAGUUUUUAGUAUGAUAGAUUAUAUCAAAAAUAUCGAUUAUGUUUUGUUAUAGAUGAUUAAUUAGAUGGAGAAAAGGACUUGUACUCAAUUAGUAUUGGAAACAAAAAACAAUAAAAAUGAAAUUAAUAAAACAAAA